AUGGAAUCAGUAGAAAAAGUUGCCACAACGAUGGGCCGCGUGACAUCUAGUGUGACUUUUAGUGCUUUGUGUAACGCAAGGGGCCUCGGUAUAAAGUCUGGAAAAGUAGGAGUGGAAUCUUCCUUUGUAGUGGAAUUGAAAGAUCGCUUUGGAAAUACAUCAGUUGAAGGCGAUCACUCUUGCCCGGUGCAAGUAAAAGUACAAGCUCCUGAGGGUUUCUUCGUCGGGAAUAAAGUCACGAAUAAUGGAGAUGGAAGCAUGAGAGUGCGUUACACUCCUGUCACGCAUGGCAAGCACCUUGUUCACGUAGCAGUCCGUGGGCGAGAGAUUGAGGGAAGCCCUUUUACCGUUAACGUAUUUGAAGGAAUCGACUACCAAAAGGUUGGCCCGAUAUUCAUGAAGAUUGGUUCCCAGGGAACGAAGAGCGGCGAAUUCAAGCAACCGUGCUCCGUAAUAACAGACAAAGAGGGACAAAUAUACGUCACAGACUUUGUCAACUGCCGAGUUCAAAAAUUUGACGCGCUUGGAAAACAUCUCCUGGAUUUUGGGUCUCGCGGAAGCAAAGAUGGUCAGUUUCAGAAUCCUUGUGGUAUCUUGGUUGACGCUAAUGGCAUAAUCAUCGUCUCAGACUGGGAUAAUCAUCGCGUGCAACUGUUUAGUCCUGAGGGAAAAUUUAUUGGGAAGUUUGGAUCUAAAGGUAGGGUUCUUAGCGCCGGUUUUCUAUCUAAGGUGGUCGGGAUAGGACACCAAACAACGUGUUCCCCUCGCGCGCUGUAUAAGAACUAAUAAACAACGAACUGGCGCCUGCCAAGAACUGGCUAACACUUUCAUAUUUCAGCCAACUAUUUGGCUCUCUCUCUUUUUGGGUGCAAUCAAACCUCGUUGAUACGGGCACUUAAGUGACCAACCCAAGGUUUUCACCUUACAGAGGUGUCUCAGUGUUAUAGAUAAACAAAAACUCACAACUAAUCACUGGAUUUAUCUAACAUUUUAGGAUCCGAGGACGGAAAACUGAAUCACCCUGCUGGUUUAGCUCUGACCAAAGACGGCAACUUGCUGCUGGCCGAUAAAGACAACCACAGAAUACAACUCUUCAAGAUGGAUGGGACCCACAUCAUGUCGUAUGGUUGUCAUGGCAACGAAGACGGUCAACUCAACAGUCCGAACCACGUGACAGUGACAGACGAUAACGGUUGCCUGGUAACCGAUACUGAAAACAACCGAGUCGUAAAGUUUGACUGCAAUGGGAAAUUCGAGUUCAGUUUUGGCGGGAAAGGUAGCGAUAAUGGCCAGCUCGACCGUCCAGGGGGGAUAACUGUAGAUCCCGAGGGAUUCAUCAUAGUGAGCGAUUUUCAGAACCACCGAAUACAGAUCUUCCAGCCGAAUGGCAGAUUUUACGCCGCUUUUGGCAGCGAAGGUGACUCAGAUGGUGAAUUCAAGUUUCCCGGGGGUGUGGCACUUACAAAGGAUGGACGAGUCAUUGUUGCCGACCGGCAUAACCACAGAGUCCAGGUCUUUUAGGGGGUCAAUCGGCUUUUUCCAUCGAGGUGCCCUUUGAAAAUCAGGAACAAAAAUAAAAAAAAUGUCGCAAGAUAAGAGCAGCACAUUUUCGGACUGGAACUGUAGACAGGAAACUAGGGGAAGAGCAUCUUAAAGUAUCCAAGGGUGCUCAGAUUUUUUUUCUUCCGAGCCACCUGUGUUACUGACUUAAAUAACAACUUUCUCAUAGUUGUUGUUGUUGUAUAAGAAAGAUGAAAAAGGGGAUUAGCAUAUGGCCUUCCGGCAUAUAGGUCGUGUUAUUUUAAGCUCUGAAGGAGAUAUUUGUUCAAUUCCUUUUCCAUGUUUUGUUUCUUUAUCCCACUUUAAUCUUCAUUUUGGCCCGACUAGCCUUUUGGCUAACUGCGGACAAGUGGAAAUUGUAAAUUAUUAUAAAAUACGUUGUUGUUGAUGUUGGUAUUAGUAGUACAGACAAAUGUAAAGAAAAGUUUUAUUUUACCAAGUGACAAAAUAAGAUUUAUAUCUAUUCACUGUGGCAACGCAACUUUUUUCAAUUAACAAGUAUUUUUUCAACAUACCGUGACCAUGAUUCCAUCAUCAAGCAGACGAAAAUCUAAUGCACAGUUAUGAUGUUAACUAAUAUUGUUGACUACCUCAUGGAUAUACAUUUAAUGGAAUCGGAUAAGAAAUACGUAAUAGUUAGAAUAGUGUUUUUUGAAAUACUAUAAUGCAAAACCUAGAGGAAAAUUAUACAUCAAGAAUGUGCAUGCCAUUGAUGCUAAAAUAUGCUGAGAAUAGUAAAAAGAAAAGCUGACAUUGAUAAAUCAGUCUCUUUAGAAUCACUCCAACAGAUAUUGGUGAAAUAUGUAUAUAUAAGGAAAAGCACGGUAACCCCCUAUAACAAGGGGUGGUGACGUCAUGAGUCAAAACGUAAGACAACAUGGGAACAAAUUAACGCGGAGAUAAGUGUUUUCUUUAUUCAAUUCUAUAUCAGUUUUUUUUUAUUUUUUUGCUCACCAAAGCCUUCUGCUGAGAAAGGCAACGCAACCAACUGAGGAAUUUCUCAAAACACUUCUAUCCCGUUGUCUAAUUCCGCGUGAAACUGAAUCUAGCGGAAGAGCAGAGAAGUAAACACCUUCUUAAGAGCCUAACAUAGCCCGGUAUUUUAAGCAUCCGGAUAAAUAUAAUUAAAUUUUCAUCAUAUCGUGUUAAUAUGUAAAACGAAACCGAUGUAUUUCAAUGUAAAAAACAAUUAAAGAUCACAUCAUUAACGGGCUUAUAUCAUCCUUUUCACAGGAACUUUCGUGUGAUCAAAUAGUUUACAUAAUGGCGUCUCAAAACUACAAAAUUGUAUUCAUGCAUAACAACAGGCUAAGCUCCACUCCAAACUGACCGAAGACAAAGUAGUUGGUUGUCCUGAGAAUUUGGCAAAAUAUGAAACGAUCUCGGGGGAAUGGAAUUUCGAGAAAACUCGAAUAAACUUCCCCAAUUCCCUAUUCGUAUAAUCAAAGACGCAGACAAUGAGUGAUAACCAGGGCCGAGUUGUUCAAAGCUGGGUUAAGAUAACCCACGGUUUGUGCGAGAUUUGAAUUCAGAUUUGAAAGCUUAAAAAGCCUUUCAGUUUUAAUUCUUUUUGUCUACAAGUUGAUGAUUGAAAGCUCUAAAUAUAACAGAGAAAAUUAUCCGAGAAAAUGCUUUUAAACACAAGAAAAAGAAACCCGGGUUAAAUUUUGUAAUAUAUUCACCUCAAAUGAACAGAGGACACCGAGUCAAGUGAAAAAUAAUCAGGUCGUUUUAAAUUCCUGUAACUCUGCAAACGAACUUCUUCCUCUUCUUCUUCUGAAUCCAGUCUGUGUCAGUGGAACUUGGAUUCUGGAUUCCAAUCGUUAGUAGGAUUCCGGAUUCCUUGAGCUUUAUUCCGUAUUCCAAAACCCAGGAUUCCGGAUUCCACAAGCAAACAUUUCUGCAGUAUAUAUGUAAGAGUAAACUUGUGACCGAGUUUUAGUGCGCCGAGCUACAAUUUAGAGUCGGUGUAGUCUUCUACUAGGUUUAUAGGGCUUUUCUCCAGUAUGUGUUCUUUUAUGUCGUUUUAGACUAUAGCUGUCAAUAAAGGCCUUGUCACACUCCUCACAUGUGAAUGGUUUCUCUUAGGUGUGUGUACGCUUGUGAAGAUCCAGGCGAGCUUUCUGUUUAUAAGCCAUGGAAUAGCGGUCACACUUGAAAAGCUUUUCAAUCACAUGUGCUUUAAGAUUGUGUUUAUCCUUAGUCGAUUUUCUGGAUGCAAUGAAAGAACACUUUUCGCAACGAAAGAUGUUGCAACCUCGUCCCCAGGGCCAGGGAAAAGCGCCCUGGGGACGAGGUUGAAGAUGUUGCCCUGGCCAGGGUACUUUCUGGUGUGAAUAAACCGUGAACUUCUUAAUUUAAAGGUUUUUGAGCAAUGGUUGCACUUGCACUGGAGCUCCACGCGCGCGAAGCGGAGCACCAUGGGUAAGAAAAUUUGGUAAUCUACCCAUCCGAGAAAAUUGGUAAUCACGUGACCGUACACCCGACCGACCGUCCGUCCGCACCACAGGCAUAUCAAUGUAAAAUAACUCAACCAACAGUAUGGCAACCCAAAUGCAACUCGAGUUUUUUUUGGCGGGAAAUCGCAUAGCCACCCGCGUCUUGUGAAGAAGAGACAACUAAAAAGUCAAUAAAGAUGAAAACGGAAAGCGGAAAUUUUUUCUGUAUCCGUGUUGUGUAAAGUAUUUUCAAAGCUUAGAUUAAUUGUCAUGUCCACAAAUUUGGAAUAUAGGGAAAAAUAAAGAGGGCGACAGGCCAGCGAAACUCAACGAGAAAAAGAGAAAAACAAACCUGUCAGAAGUGAGGGAACACGCUGUCGCGAAUAUUACUCUAGUUUUUUCUUCCUUGCGUUGCGUCAGUUCCGUCUCGUGUGGUCUAAACAUAUUCUCAAAGGUACAGAGAUUUUAAAAGCUAGUACAUGUAUAUUCGCUCUGACGUAGUAACAACCAUGCCUGACCUUGCUUGACCAGGCUUGGAUUUCGAGACUUCAAUGGCUUUUACACUACAGAAAAAUUGGGUCCAGACCAGUAAAAAAUAAAUGGCAUGGUAAGGUAACAGUAACUGUGGUAAAGACAUACAGGAGGUUUCGCAAGGCCACAGGCGCCUAUGGCCCUGUGAAAAUUCCAGUAUUUCUUUACUAAAUAUACCGGUACCGUACUGCUUUUUUGACUCCUGGGGCCAGUUUCUCGAAAUUCCCGGUAACUUUUCGGCCCCGAAACAUAAAGAAAAAAGAGCGCGGUUCCUGGCUAGAAAUCUACUCCAUUUUGUUUUAUUAACUGACAGUUUUAUCAUGUUAGAUGCAUGUAAACAACAACAGCUUUACGGGCCCUUUAAUUAUUGGGACUUUCGAGAAACGGGCCCCCGUCUGGGCCCGGUUUUUCUGUAGUGCCGAAACGCACCAUUAAGCCGGCUACAAAAAUGAUUGAAAUCUUAUGUUAGUCUCGUAACAGCACUUAAAUAAUGAGUUGUCCGAGCAGUGACCAGUUUCUGCUAAUUAGCCUUAAUGUUGAAUAUUUGCUUAGAGCCACCCAUGCGGAAAAAUACUCUUCUUCGGCUUAAAGUAAUUAAUAGCGCGGCUCUCUCUCGCGCGAAGCGCGCUUCAGCGGAGCACCAUGGCUAAGAGAAUUUGGAAAAUUUGGUGGUGACGUCAGCGUACUCCGUCCGUCCGUACACUCUUUGGCGUGAUGGAAGGGAAUCAGGUGUCAGCCCUUCGGGGGGAGGAGCUGAUGUUAUAAAUCGUACAAUGUAUUUUUGUAAACCCGCGUUUUUCUCAACGCGCAAGUAAAUUCCUGAACCGAUCACAUAUUACCCACACGAGCCACCUUACCUUUACAUCUGUCUUUCUAAUUCUUCGCCAGUCCGCAGAAGGUCCAUUUGAUUAAGUAGUGGAGCUCAUCAUGCUCAUCAAGUUUAGGUUCCUUGCAGAGGGUUUCUUGCAAGAUGUUUUUUGACGGGGGACAUUAGUUAAGAGCGACGGUCAGGAAAUAUCGACCGUUGAGUGGCAAGAGUUCAAAAAUCGAUAUCCUUCAUUUUUUGUCCAUAAAUAGCUUUUAGCUAGAUAAAUAAUCUGAGGUAAGUCGUUCUCGCUAAAAGAAUAUCAGUUUUCAUGAUCGGAGUCUCAAAAUGGCAGUAUUUUCAACCGGAAAUUUGCUAACAUCAACUCUCCUUGCGUUCGCAAAUAACGCCGCAAGGAGAAAUUUGGACACUGUCCAUCAAUAGAACAACUCUUCCUCUUUUACUACAAGGUAUUUCCAAAGCAAUGUCGAGACUCGUUAAUUCAAAAACGAAGAACAGGUUUUUACGGUGACAAAACUCUAAUUCAGUAGUUGUUUUCUACGGCAUUAUUCUUCACGUGGUAUAGCUCCAAAUUUUCCCAGUCCUCGUUUAUUCACACAUUUAGACAUUUAUCUAAAACAUACCUGAGAACUGGCUUGGGUUCCUGAAGGCAGCCUCCAAACGAAAGUAUCGAAGUCCGGUAAAUAUAGUCAAGCGUGGGCAAAGUAACUUAUGUGACGGCUCCAAGUUUCCUCGUUCGUAAAGUAACAAGACGAAAUAUCUUCCUGUUCCGUCAUCCUUAGCGAAUUACAUUGUUCAGUCCUUAUUUUUCGAUAAAAAGUGAGUACCAGAGUACUAGCGCGUUUGAUUUUUUUCUUCUUCAAAAUACUGUCGGUAUUGAAAAUGUUCCUCUUUCAAGAAUUGAGUUGCGUUACUACGUGAUUCCGUGACUGUCAUUUUGACGGCUUCGUGUCUUCAAACGUAAGUUAUGUCACGUGCAGUCGCGAACAGAUUGUCACGCAGAGUUGCCGGCUGGUAGGGUUCACUGUUUGGAAAUGGCUAAAAUUGACCUAGUUUCACCUUUUUACCCCACUCUUUGAUUGAAAAAAGCAACUUUGCAAAGGGAAAACCUACAAAAAAUACGAAAAACGAGCCUUUAGGCUGUAAAUAUCUACUUUUGUGCGUUUCGAAAUUGGAAGUGUUUACACAAUUACCGCCGGCCUACCAUGAAAAUUCCUGAACUUCGAUGGUGUCUUAUAGAGAUUUCCUUCAAUAACCCAAGCCAUUUCCCAGGUAUGUUUUAAAUGAAUGUCUAAUUGUGUGAUUUAAAUGGCAUUGAGAGAAUUUGGAGUUAUACCACGUGUUAAAUAUUGCCGUCGAAAAUGAGUAAUUAUAACGAAAUUAAGUUUUUGUUAUCAUGAAAACCUAUCUCUCGUUUUUGAAUUAUUUCAGUACGACGAGCUUUGCUAAUACCCUGAAAGCAUCUUCUAGGGGAAGGAAAAGAAUUUUUCUGAUCAUGGAAAGUGUCCAAAUUUCUCCAUGCGGAUUCGUUUGCGAACGCGAGGAAAGUUGAUGUUAGCGAAUAUAUAUCAGAUUAAGAAUUAGGGCAGUCUGAGACUCCGACAUCGAAAACCGAUUCUCUAAUUUUUCUCACAGAUAAUAGGCUUCUGGCGGGAACAAUCUACAUUAGGUUUCUUAUCUACCUAAAAAGCUGUCUAUGAACAAAAAAUGAAAGAAAUUUAUUUUUCAACUCUUGCCACGUUUUUUCCUGACCGUCGCUCUUAACUGAUUAUUGUGGUCAGCGGAGUGUCAAGAAGAGGACGCGCGCUAUUCCUUAGCAACGAUUGGCAACAUCAUUGGUAACAAUCAAGAAGGAAAGCGUUCGACAGAGAGCGAACGCGACUGGGAAAUUCUGCUUCUCAAAAAUACUUUUUUCUUUUACUCCCGGGCGACAGUGACUCUCACUGGUCAUGACAUCUGAACUUCGCAACGAUCUCAACCUGACAUCCACAGGAAAAGCGCAUUAUUACCAGUCUGCUCAUGGCUUUCCACCGGACGGCUUUCGGGUGAGUUACAAUCUUUGCUGAAUCACUGUCGAGCACGAUUUAGUGUCGCACCUCAUUGCCUCUCUUUUCUGGUUGUUUGUAUUAUCCAAAAAUAUCUCCAGAUACCCUACUUUAUAGUUUUAAGCUCCUUGCACGUAAAUUUGCAGCUGUGAUCAUAAAAAUGUACUCGAUAGUCUAUCGAUAGUCUAUCAGCGCGAUUAGCUUUUGCUAUUUCUGAAAGGGUGUGCUGUCUUUCUUUCACAAUUAUUUCCUUUUAACGACUCUACACUUUUGUAUCAAGAGCACAAUAAAGAUUGUUGUCGUUGUUGUUGUUGUUCGGUCAUGAUGUUGCUGACAUUGUACAUCGUAAUCGAUGGCAUGUGCACUCAAUAAAACCGAGAGUAAUUAAGAAUAGUCGAUAAAAAUAUAUUUUUCGUGGAAAUAAAUCGAGAUUAAACUUGAUGGAAUCAGUGAUGAUUAUUGAGUUGAUUUUAUUUUGGAGCUUGAUUUUUUUUCCACUUGUAUUGAAUAAAGGAAAACGUACUACUUAGAAAUACACAGACUCAUUAUACUAUUUAAAUUUGCUUUAUUUUUAGAGAACUGUUUAUGAUGUGUUGCCACCGGUACUUGGAAAUCCAGAUUAUGUAACUGACAAAGACUACUUCCAAACAACAACUGGUACGACUCAUGACUAUAAAGCUCAUGGAGGAACACUGGGUAACAUGCUGUUUAAAAAGGCCCCUGGAUCAUGGAAAGUUCAUUAUGUUGAGGACAAUAUUGGAAAGGUAUACUAUCAAACUUCCCUAAUGCAGAAACAAAAGGGACAGAUCUCAGAAUGGGCAUUCAUUAAUUCAGAGGUGGCCCUAUAGAGAUAACUUCCCUAAUAAAGAUACCAAAGGGAUGGACCCCAGUGUCCACGUUGAUAUGUUGAGGUGUCUGUAUUAAUAUAUAUCUUAAGAGGUGUCCAUAUUGUAGAGAUAUAAUAGAUUAUAGUUUAAGGUGCUGUGUCAUGAAAUUUAGCCAAAUUAAUUAGACACCAGGAUUAGGUACCCAACUGCCAUGAUGAAACUUAAUAAUUGCUUAAAACAUUCACAAAGGAGUUUUUGAAAAACAUUUUAGCCUAAAUGUUUUUUAAAUUAACAUGUGACUGUUGUUUUUUAAUUCAAAAUAAUGCAUAUUUCAUAGAUAGGAUUAGCCAGUGGUAGAUUCAGAUCUCCAAGUAUAAAGUGGGGGGCUGAUCUUUGAGAUGUCCCUUAGAUUAAAAAUUGAAGAAUUGGAAGGUGUGCCUUUAUGAUUAAAUAAUUUGUUGUGCAAUUUUGCAAUAUGUUAUUAAUUAACAGCUGAGUGUCAAACCAUGGAGAAGACCUCUGACCAUGGGAAACCAGUGCAGUGAAAUGAAGUCUCAGUACACAGGGAGACCAGGAGUAAAUCUAGACACUGCUUACAAUGCAGGCAUACAACCAUUCAACUUGGCUGAUCACCACAGGGAGGGUAACAGUAAGGUAUAAAAAGAAACUCUCCUUUUUUUGUUCCUCUGUAUUGCAUCACAUAAUUUCCUGGAAAUUAUCAAGCAACAGUUAGAGUGAAUAUUAUAGUCUUGGUAUUAGUGCAAGGCCCUCAUGUUAGGGUAAAAUUCCAACAAGCGACGUGGCCUUGAAUAUCAACAUAACAGCUGAAAUACAGUUAAAACUGUGAUAAUAUGGACAUGAACGCAUGGCUUAAUUCUACUGAGAAUACGGUAUGUGAAAAAUUGGUUUUGAAAUUCAGACCACUGACAUACUGUAAAUCCUCACGCAUCGGGGAGCUUAUUUAUUUCAAGCCCAUUUGGGGGCUUAAUAGAGACUGGGGGCUUCUUUGAUUUAGAAAAGACAAUGGUAUUUGUUCUCCAUAAAGAACUAGUAUACAAAUGGAAAAGCUUAAGUACAAAAAGGUUGGAGGUCGUUCAGCCAAGGAUCAGAGUCAAAUCCGAACUUCCAGUUGGUAAAUAAACCAUCCUGGAUCAGUCCACACAAAUUUUUGAAAUCGUGAUUGAUUAAUACAGUCUAUCAUUUAUGAGUGAAGAAUCUUUAGACGGGGGAAGGGAGGCUUAAUAGCAAGGGGGUUUUAUUAACUUUCUUCCCCAGAAAAGGGGGGGAGUACUUUUUAGAGGGAGGUGGCUUAUUUCAGAGGGAGUGCUUAUAGUAGAGGAUUUAUAGUAUGCACUAAUUCCCCUCUCCUCUCCUAGUGUGUGGUCACCAUACUAGAAAUUUUUUCUUACGGUGACAUUGCCAUAUAUUAUUUACAGGACCUUGUACCAUCAACAAUCAACAGAGGUAUUGCAGGUCAAAAGUUUUAUCCCAGGGAUAGAGGGGUGUUGACCUACCACAUGGACCCUUAUUUGACCACAACACAAAAGGACCACCGAGCAUUCACCAAGUAAGUUACAGUACUGUAUCUGAUUCCAUGAGGCUUGUGUAGUGGGAAAUCACCCUGAAAUAGCAUUAACCUUGCAUUGGAAAAAUGUUUAAUUAAAGGUAAAAAUCAUUGCUUGUUUAAUUAACACUUGAAUUGAAUUAUUUUAAGAAUUAUGUGAUUUCCUCAAAUAAGUGUGAGAUUGCACCAUCUGUGGGAAAUAUCAGUAUUUGAUUUUCAACACUUGCAGAAAUUAUUGCCAAUGAGCAAGCCGAGCGAAGACAGUCGACUUGCGAGGCGGCCAGCUUAAUGCCAUGCGAAGUAUUGCAGCAGGCAGAAAAAUUCUCGAUCGUGCUGUGAAAAGUGUAUAGUGUUAGAUUUCAUGUGUAGUUUCACGUGGCUUUUGAUGACCUUUGUUGUAAACAAACCUUCAAAGUUCGGACAUAGUUCUCUGCCACAAUACUGUACUUGCAAUAUUGUACGAACUACAACUCACUAUUUCAAGUUCGCGCUAACCUAUAAAUGUUAUUUCCCUUUUGCUGUUUGAAACUCGACAAGUUUAAGGUUCAAAAAUGUCUAAGCAGAAGAAUAAGAGCGAUUUUAAAGGCCAAGAGCAUGGCAGAAAUGUAGGAACGAGGGGUGCUUGUAGUGGAAAUUCUCACCUCAGCAGCUGAAAUGGUUUUAUAAUUGGAACUAAAACCAGUGACGUAGGCAAACUCUUUUUCUUUCAUUGGCACUUAGCGAAAGCUACAACUAGUAAUAAUGUACACUUCUGGACCAUUGUUAUGAAAUUGCAGUGAAUAUGCACAGCUUUAUGUUGUAAUUUAAUUACAUUUAAAGCUUGUGCAUAUCCUACAGCUAUUUCAAUGAUUACAUAACAUUACCUUAAAAAUCUGAGCCAGUUAGACUGAACUGCAGUAGGCAGACCUCUAGGCAGUAUUAAAUUUCAUAAAACUUUUCUCAACAUGGAGAUGAAGCAAUUUUUUUGGUAAAAUAUUACUGGCAACAUAAAUUAGUAAUAUCAGGAUUUCAAAGAAAUAACAGCUUAAGUCUCAUAUGAUGCUAUAUCUUGUCUUGCAAAAUUACACCAUUGCGUAAAUAUAUCAAAGCCCUUUGCCUAAGUUGGAUUAGUAUCGUCUUUUGAUUUUCCACAUAUACAUGCACGUAACUUUUUUGGACCAAUUUGUUUUGAAUUUGCUGUGAAUAUGCACAGCUGUAUUGGAGUAAUUUAAAUUUAACUUCCUGGCAUGUGUAUAUUUGCAGCCGUAAUUUCAAUAAAUAAAUUACAUAAAGUUACAUAUUAAAGCUGACCCAAUUAGACUGAACUGUGGUAUGCAUGUAAUUUCAUAAAAUUUACUCAACACAGACAUGAAGCAAUUUAUUCUUCUGUAAAAAUCACAAAGUUAAACUUUUUGUGCCAUGUGGUACUGGUAACGUAAAAGCAAUAUCAGGUUUACAAAGAAAUAACAGCUACCCACUCAACCGUGCUGUCUUGUCAUGUUGUGUCACCCAUUAUAAAAUAUCCAAAAACAAUUCUAGCCUGUGUAGAUGGGGGAAUUGUUUUUGCCUGUGUUAGAGUUUUGGAGACGAAGCCACCAUUUUCGUGACUAUUCUAGUUUAGGUGAGAAAUUCCAAAGUUCCACCCAAUGCGCAGUCACCACUUCGUAGCUCCUCUGGCAAAACUUUGCACAUGCUAACAAUCCCAAUGGCUAUGCUGGCUACUUUGAUUCAAACAGCUGCCAUGUCAGUGGUGGAUCUAGGGGAGGGGCCAAAUAUUUUUAGACCAAACUGAGGCCCGGAGGGCCAAAAAAGUUUUUUUUGAGGCAUCCCCUUAUCUCAGGGCCUGGAUGAAACCUCCCCCUCCCCCCUAUCUGAAUGUCUGGAUCUGCCACUGCAUGUAGUACAUCUUUGUAUAUGCCACCCCUUGGAACUUCCAUUUGUGAUGGAGAAUAGACUGGACGAUGACACACCCCUAAAAUUUGACAUUCUUUGGCAGCUGGGGUAGAGUGGAGUGUGGAGGCAGGGGGCAGGGGCAUAAUUACUCUAAAACACUAGAAAGGGAAAUAUGCCAUUAAUGCAAGAUGUGUAAGAUUUGUGUUUGCUUUUUCUCAGCUGAGCACAAUUAUUGUAUGCUAAUUAACCAACUAUCUCAAGAAGACGAUGAAUUUCUCUCCUGCUGAAAUAUUUUAAAACAAAGUACUGACAGUUGAACCUCCAUUAUUGAAGUGGCCACCUAUUAAGUGGCCCCCCCUCUAUUAAGCGGCCAGUAAUCAACGUCCCGAAAAUUAGGGAGCUUAAGUAACGGCGAUGGCAACGAGAACGGUAAAAAGCAAUGGGUUUAGAUUAGCAAAACAACAACUUUGCACGUGCAUCACGCUUUUUUGCACAUUUCUUUGCCGUCACUGCACGACUACUACAUGAAACUGCCUAAUUUCACGUUUCAGCGACUUUCCUUUUCUUUUCCUGAACUUUGAUACAGUCUUUUGGGAUUCAACUCCAGAAAAAUUUGCCAACAUUUGACGAAUUGAACGAGCUGGAAGUUUGAUGGAGCGCGAAUUCACUUUUUACGUGACGUUUUCGUAGCCGUCGCCGCCGUUGUUGCUUACGCUCCCUAUUUAAAGAAAGGAGUGGUAACUCUACUAAUCGGCCACCUCUUAGCCUCCCACGCAGACGUUUUUAGGGGAUCGUCACGCGUUCCUGCCCCACUAACUUUUAGUGGGGCAGGAACGCGUGACGAACCCCUAAGAACGUCUGCGUGGGAGGCUAGCCACCCCUAUCCUCAAGUAGCCUGCGUAGCAGGCGCUUGGAAGUAGUGGGCGAAAGAGAGAACGGACGCGCGCGAGGGACUUCUCUCGCGCGCAUUUUUUCUUGUGCCCACUACUUCCAAGCGCCUGCUACGCAGGGUAAUCCUCAAGCGGCCUCGGGCUUCGGCCACACCUUUUGGUCGUCCCAACGAGAGUUUUUCUAUUAUUUUUACCUCUAUUAAUGGGCCAUCAAGCGACUGAUACUCUUAAUUUAGCUUUAGCUUAUUAUCAAGGAAAAUAGAGUCCGUGAUAGUAGGUGAAGACUGAUUUUGGACCCGUAAUGCUGCUCCUGUCGCGUGUUUGUUUCAUUGAUGAAAAUAAAUUGAUGUUUCUGCUAAGGAUUAUGAUGCUAAUUUCAGUCUGACGAACCUCCAUAUAUAAAGCAGCCACUUGCCGGUACCCCCAGGGUGGCCGCUUAAUGAAGGCUCAACUCUAUUUUAUUAGACCCUCAAAUGUUUGUUUCCAUUUUUAAACAGGCACGAAUUAGGACGUUAUCCUUCAAAGGAUUAUGCGACUUACUGGGAGUGCGAAGAGUACACAAAAGCGUGGGGCCAUGGCUCCAAGGAGAACCCACUACCUCCAAAUUCUGUUCCUCGAGAAAAAGGACCCAUGAGGGACCGUAUCUGGUUUAGAGAACCCACUACCAUUCCUAGGUUACCUAAGUCACUCAGUCCUGUACCUAAUAA